ACAAGAAGUCAGCCGAGAUGGUCCUGGGGAUGAGGUUCCUAAGAAUGAAUGCCUUUCAACUAAAACAGCUUGCACAUUGCGUUGCACGUUCUAAAUUGCUUACCAUCAGAAUAUCAAGUAAUCGAUUUAUCAUGACUUCCUGUUGGACGCAGGCUAAAAAAGUACAGCUAGCGUGUUCUCCUUUGUUAGCAAACAUGGACGAGAAAGUCACGAUCGACGUUGAAGGUCUUGAACCAAACCAGAAGGUAUCUCUUCAAGCUAAACUAGUUGGAGAUUCAAAUGACAGAUAUCAUUCACUGGCUCACUACAUAGCAGAYSARCAAGGCCGAGUUURUUUGAAUUCUCAGCCUUCUGUUGGAGGGUCGUAUGUUGGCGUUGAGCCGAUGGGAUUUAUGUGGAGUCUUGAACCCGAACCAAAUCAGAGACCUGGCCGACGACUGUUGAAAAGAGACGUGACAAAGCCUUAUUUGGUAGACCUAGCGUUACUGGACGGACAUGUUGAUAUUCUGAAAACAGAAAACUGUCAUCCAUUGUCGAGUUUAACGAUCGAGAGGCAUUACAUGUCAGCUGGUGUAAGGAGGAUUGAUGUCCAUGAAGGAAGGAUAAGGGGGACGCUGUUCCUACCCCCUGGAGACGGUCCCUUUCAAGGAGUUAUUGAUUUGGUCGGUUCUCACGGUGGGAUGGUUGAAUUCAAAGCUGCUCAACUGGCUUCAAAUGGCUUUGCAGCUCUUGCUUUGGCUUAUUUGAAUCACAGUGACCUUCCUCGUCGAUUGAACAAUGUCCAACUUGAAUACUUCAUAGAAGCUGUUGAUUGGUUGAAAAAUCACCCAUCAAUCAUCCCAGGAGGGGUGGGGGUAAUGGGGAUAUCUAAGGGAGCUGAAAUUUCUGUACUACUUGCUUCACACUGUCAAGAUGUCCAGGCAGUAGUUUCCGUAGGUGGACUUCAUGGGCUUGCUAUUGUUCCUAUGAUCUUCAGAGAUAAACUUGUUCCGUUCAUUAAAUUUGAUCCAUCAAAGACUGUUUUAUUGGAAAAUGGUGCUUUAAAAUGUAGAGAUUGUUACGGUGAUGACUGGACUGGACGUGUUGAAGAAAACCCAAACAUCAUUCCUUUGGAGAAAGCCAGUGCAUCAUUUCUCAUUAUUUAUGGCACAGAUGACCAUGCGUACAAUACUGAAUUAUCUGCAGCUUAUAUGUACAACAGAUUAAAGGCGUUUGGUAAGGAGACACAGUGUUCUAUUCUUGGUUACCAUGGUGCUGGCCACCUAAUUGAGCCUCCGUAUACUCCACUUUCAAGUAUGAGUUACCAAAAGUCUUUCGAUAUGUACUUGUCAUGGGGUGGAGAUACCAAGGCACAUGCCAAUGCUCAGGAACACGCAUGGAAAAGGAUAUUAUCAUUCUUGAAAGAAAAUUUACCACAAAGACAAAAGACUACUUGCAAAUUAUAAAGUAUUCAGACAUGUACAUCUAUUAAGCAAGGGUGCUGAAAUAUCAUUCCUCAUUGCACAUAAGAAUAUCAGUGAGGGACUGUUCACUAAUUAUUGUCAAGUGGUGGGAAGGUAGAGUACAAACAUUAAAUGUGUGCAACACUUUUCACUAUUUACUACAAAAUAGUGUUAAUUAAACAAUAGAAAACAAUAGAAUUWUCAUAAUUUAGCAGUAUUUAGUGGUAUUUAUGUUGCACAGUUUUAGUGUUUGUACUCUAGUAUGUGGUUUCUU